GAUCAUGACGACGACGCUGCCGGAGAAGGAAGCGGAAACGCAGCAGGAGAUCAGGGAGCGGGAGGCCAAGGCUUUGGAGGACCGGAAGGAGCGCAAGAUCUACGAGAACUUUGCCACGCCCCUGGCAGGCACUUUCCUCAACCUGCCACGCGAGCCCGUGGAGAUCAAGUGCCCCGCCUGCGGAAUCAAGGAUCUGAGUGUGGUGCAGAAUGAUCUGAAGUGGUGGGCCAGUGAACUUAACCGCAUCGUGGGUUGUCUUUUUGUGACCUUCUGCUGCUGCUGCUGCUUUAAUUACUAUGUGCCGUGCAAACAAACCGAUCGAAGUCAUUACUGCGGCAAUUGCGGCUGUUACUUUGGACGUUCCAUGAAGAGGAGGCAACCACUCAAAUUGAAGGCAACCACCGCCUAGGCAGCAUUGUUCAUAUUUAUAUUUAUUAAAAUUCGUCUAAACACUCAAAUUCCCACCCACUGCAAUACCAUCGAUACAAAAAUAAAACCAAAAAUAUCA